GUAAUACAUGGCCUAGGGGGACGGAACGCUUAAAUAAAAUCAGAGUCGACAGGUAAUAGCACGUGACGUUAUGGCAGAAGGAGGUGACGAUCCGUCACGGAACAAUGUGUCUGUUACCAACACGUCUGAAGAGGUUCCAGAAGAAAGGGACAAGUUUACAUCACUUCCUGUGUUUCAGAAACCACUAUGUCUUGUUAAAAACGAAGUAAAUGGUAGUUUUUCAAUUGAUGAAAAUGUCUUGAAGCAGAUUUCACAGAUCAAUAGAACAGUGAAUGUGAUUGCGAUUACUGGACCAUGCAGAACUGGCAAAUCCUACUUGAUGAACAGAUUAGCGAAGAAUAAACAUGGAUUUACUCUUGGAAAUGGAGUGGAUGCGAAAACCAAAGGUAUUUGGGUGUGGUGUUUGAAACAUCCUGUCUAUACAGAUCAAGUGAUGGUUCUACUCGAUACUGAAGGAAUCGGAGAUCCAGACAAGAAAAACCAAGAUAACGACUAUAAGUUACUGUGCAUCACAACACUGAUAUGUAGUACUUUCAUUUACAAUGUGAAAGGAGUUAUCGACAAGGAUACAUUGGAUAAACUUGGGUUCGUCACAUUCUAUGCUAAAAAGGUUUCAGUAAGUAAAGACAAACGUCAAAAUGCAUUCAAUGCUGAUAUUGGACUCUAUUUUCCGAAGUUUGUACUUUGCUUGAGAGACUUUUCGUACAACUUGGGCAAGGAAAGUCCAAAUUCCUACUUAGAGAGACGCCUUACGUUGAGCUAUGACGAAUAUCGUCCCGAUGAACGUGAUACAUACAACCAAAUUUGUGCAUGUAUUCGAACAUUCUUCCCCCAACGCGAAUGUUUUGUCUUUGAUGCGCCAGUCGCAGGAAGAGUAAAACUUGCUAAAUUGGAGAGUAUGGGUGAACGGGAAUUGCUUGAGUCGUUUAAAGAAGAUUCAGAUGCAUUUAUAGAAAAAAUAACAAAAUAUCAACCAAAAAUACUCCUCGAUGGCAGUAGAAUAAAUGGCAACAUGUUUUCCUCCCUUGUCAAAACAUACGUUACCACGUUCAAUACCGGAGGGAUACCAUGUAUAGACAGUGCAUUGGCGAUUAUGUCAAGACAUGAGAACAGAGUUGCUAUGGAAAAUGUAAUGAAGAAGUUUCAGUCGAGAAUACUUUCAAUUAAACUUCCUGUAUAUGACGAGAAAAACCUCCAGAAAUUAUUAACAGGAGAGAGAGAAAGGGCUGCUGAAGAUUUUCGAAAAAAAUGCGUCUUAAAGAUUGAAAAAGACUUGCAAGACGAAAUUAAGAAAAAUAUGGACAAUCUGUGUGAGGAACAUUAUGACAAAAACAUCCAAAUCCAAAAGCGUAUGUGUAUCUCCGCAAUGGAAGAAAUGUAUGAUUCAGAAAUUAAACCACGAUUGAACGUCGGACAUUAUGAGGAUGAAGAUGGGUAUCUCCACUAUAAAAAGGACGUACAUAACCUAAAAUCAAAGAUAAAACAAAGGUUUCCUGAAAUGGAUGAUUCUUUGGUCAAUGCAAUUUUAAGAGAAUUAAAAGACAAAUAUCUUGAAGAUGACUUGGCUGUAAUGGAUAUGAGUGACAAAAGUAGAAAAAAAAUAAAAGAGGAACACCAUAGAGAAAUGAUACAAAGUCAGAUAGAAUUUCAAAGAAAACAUUUGGAAGAGAAAAUGAAAUACAAGGCCUUGAAUGAUGAAUUUAAAAGACAGCGUGAUUUUGAGGAACAAAGGAAUAAAAUAAUGUCAGAAAACAUAAAAAAAUGGCAAAACGAUCAUGCAAAACUGAAAGAAGAAAUGCGAAAAGAACAGGAUCGAGUGGAGAUUUUACUGUCGUUAUUAAAUGUAGAAGUUACUGCCAAUGAACCUACAGUUCAAAAAAGUAUUGCACGUGGAGCAGCUAGUCUUUUGCCAGUUAUUGGACCUGCAAUUUAUGAUGCAAUUGAAAGAAGAAGCUAUCAGAAAAGGAAAGAGGAACUAGAAGGCAUACGUUUUAUGAUCGAUGAAUGUAAAAAAAAGGGAGAUACACUGGAAUUGCGUCAGCUUCUACUGAAAGAAAGUGACGAACAGUCUG